UUCACUGUUAGUCUCUUCUCUUGUUGGCAAAUCUCACUCAGCUUCAGAAAGUAGAAUCAUAUACUAGGGCUUCAGCUUCUGUAUCAGCACUCGGAAUUGAAGGUGAAAAAUGGCCGACGAAGCAAAUAGAGCCGCUUUCAUUGAAAUUCAAGGUCGCAUGAUUGAGACUACCGGGAAAUUGAAGCAGGUUCAAACGCAGAUGCGAACUAAAGAAACGGAAAAGAAGCGUGCUUUUUUGACAUUGGAGGAACUCAAGCAGCUCUCUGAUGAUACUAAUACCUACAAAGCCAUAGGAAGAACGUUUAUCUUAGAGCCAAAGACUGUGUUAAUGGAUGAGCAAGAGCAAAAACUCAAGGAUAGUGAAACCGCAAUUGCAUCUUUGCAGACUUCUAAAGAGUAUUUGGAAAAGCAUCUGGCAGAGGUGGAGAAUAACCUUAGGGAGCUCUUACAACAAGAUCCUGGUCUUGCUCGUCAGAUUAUGACUAUGUCUGUAGCCUAGAUUUUGUGCUUCUGAGGUUCCUUUUUUUACUCUUUCCUUGAAAAAAAGGAGUUUCUCAAAACUCUUUGGGACUUGCAAUUCUAGGUAAUGAAAGAACGUUGCGUACUGGCUGUACGAGGAACUUGUCCACCGAUUUCUGCCACUUCAACUAUUGCUGCUGGGUUAGUUGAACGUUACAUAUCUCAAGAUGUAAUUCGUGAGAUAUGUUGUGUAUUAGCUACCUUAGCAAUUUUGUACACCUGAAUGAAGUAAACUAGAUUGAGAAAGAAAUGUUUAAAUAUUGAUUGUAAAGAGUAAAAAGGGCUGGGAUUUGCAGAAAAGUUUAGGGCACAGGUUUUGAAUUAUAUUAACGGUAACAAGCUUAAUAUUGACUCAGACCUACUGCAGUACAAAAUAUUGGUGUCCUUGUU